UCGUACGCACGUAUUUCGCGCCUCCAUCCGUGUUUGCUACGAUCCCAACAGAAACGGGUUUGACACUUUUGCGAAAAGCAAAAAAAGCUUGCGGAGAAUUUGUUGUUUGGUGUGCAACUCCCUUUCGAUCUUCGGAUUUGAGCGCCGUUGUACGGCAAAACUCGUUCCUUGCAGUUUCAAGUUUUGAGUGCAAUUUUCGGUGACUGUUUGUUUGUGUGUACACCGCAAGGAUCAACUCUUAAAGCAAGAAAAAAACACACUAACACAGUUACCGUACACCACUUUUUGGGUGGUUCAGUGCAAAGUGUAAUUCCGUCCCAAUCGUCUGUGUGGCCAGAAAACGAAAGGAAUUUCAAGAAGAAAAACAUAGCAUCCAUUCAACAUGAUGGCCAACAAAUUUGUGUCAGUGCUGAUGGUUUCAUCUUUCCUGCUGGUGGUUAGCUUCGAAACAGCCAGCGCCUUAAAAUGCUGGCGCUGCUCAUCGGACGCCUCAACGGCCGCCUUCUGCGACGAUCCAUUCACCCAGGACAUCAUUACGGAACAGCAGAGACGCUGGAGCUACGUGGACUGCAGCUAUCCGCCCCAGGUCAACUACCAGUUCUCCCAGCAGAAUCAACAAACUCGACCGGUCUGCAAGAAAAUGAAGCAAAUCAUUAACGAUCGUGUCGUGGUGUCCCGUUCCUGCGCCUAUGAGGAUGUCAACACAGCGCCCAACUCCUGUCUGAACGCUCAAACACCGUCCUACAUCAAGACCGAGUACUGCGAGACCUGUCUCACCGAUGGAUGCAACGGUGCAUCCCAGUACGGACCGGCAGCACUGAUGAUUCUGAUCAGUGCACUCGUAGCCAAACUGCUCGCCUGGUAAUGGGGAGGAUCCGGAGGGUCCCAUGUGCAAGUGUUGUGGCGAUCCCCACCGAAAAAAGGUGCUGAGAAGAUGCGGAGCAAUAGCAGUGGAGCAGUAAAACAAAAUCAAACACAACAGCAAUUCGUCCAUUUGUGCGUGCUGCAGCACCGGAGAGGUUGGCCACGCGUUCUCAACCAGAAUCUCAUUCAUCGCCGAUUCACCGGUCGGUUGCCUUACGAGGGCGCUGUAAGCGUUCGAUAAGCGUUAAAGUAUUUUUUUCCGAAGCAACACACAAAAUCUCACGUUAAUUCUACAAAACAAAACAAGAAAAUAUCAAAGCAUCGUAUAACAUAUUAUUCGGAAACGAUUGUAUUUGUAUGUUACAGUGUUAAACUAAGCUUGAAAAGUGUAGGAUAACGAACCGUUGCAGAUGAAACACUAUCAAAACGUGUUGAUUAAUGUAAGGCGAACAGUAACAGUUUAGCGAGCGGGAGAUGAUAAAUGUACAAAACCAACACAAGAUGUGCAAAACGGGAAAUAGAAAGGAUAGACCACACAUUCUUCACUACCACCAAACAUUUGUGUACACAGUUCCACCUUUUAGAAAACACCUUUUUCUACACACGAAACAUUUGUACCAUCACUAUCUGUUUUUAAAACCACAAUGUUAUGGUUCGCGUAAGUUUUAAUUUUUUCAGGGAAAUUUCCAUCUAAAAAUAUGUCGUUUUGUGUAGGAAACCCACGUUGAAGUUAAUACAUAAGCAGAAAGAAAAUACAAAAAAUGAGCUACAGUGGCAUAACAUGGAUCAAUUUGCAAUCAAACAGUGUUUUUUUUAUCACUGUUCACACCAUGACGCAUGAUAAAAUUAAUUUAAACAACACUGAUUACAAAGCUAUUUUCAGAAUCAUUCUACACCACAUCACUAACGUUAAAAGUGUACAUAAAAAGGAUAGAAAAUAAAGUUACACA